CUAUGAGCUUUGUAACAACACAACAUAUCUUCUAAAUAGAUCUGCAUGCAGUACAUAUAUUUUGAUCGUGUGACAUGUGUCACAAAACUUUGGUUUUAUUUUAAUUGGUACCGAAUCACAUUGAAUUAUAGAGGAUAUUCUACCCGGAAAUAUAUUCCAGAGCUGUAUGAAAGUUAUUGUGUGUACUAAUGGAUGACAAGAAGAAAUAUAAAUUGAAGUGGUUUUCAUCAUGUUGAGAGAGAUGCAGUUUCAUUAUCCAUGCCAGUAUAAUGGCUCCCUCCGUCUGGGUACGGAGUUCUCCCCCAGCGCCAUGUCAAUGCGAACCACCCUGAGACAGGAGCUGAUGAGGCAACAGCUCCAUCAGGAGAUGGAGAAGGAGGACCAGCAGACAGUGGUGGUAUCCACCAGUACCGGCUCCACUACAAACUCGGGCUCCUUCAUGCACCUCCUUCAGGGUCCAACCAACCCGCUCCUGUCUGCCAGUGCUCCUGUCGCCAUGGAGAUCCCACAACCAAACAAACUCAGUCCAGUACCAGAACUUGCAUCAUUACCAAAGGAUGUCUUACGGUAACAAAUAUCUGUUAUCCAGGCUAGUCAUCGUCAACUUUCUGUCUGCAGUAAGCAUCGAGUUGGAUAGCGGAAGGGAGCCCUCUCAUGGUAAAGUGUGAAAAACUGAAACUGUUCUGUCAACUCUCAACUGGAAGUGGUAAUUAUAGUACAGGAGGUGGGCAAACGACAUUUCUUUUUUUUCAGAAGACAAGUGGAGAUACCAUAAUGCUGCCAUCGGGUUUGCCCUAUGGGGAUUUGGACCUGAUCACAAACAACAUCAUAAAGAUCAUCUAGAUAAAGUAUAUUUUCAAACUAUAUUUUAAAUCAACAAGCUAUGAUUGACAAUUCACAGUGACUGCUUGAUUCCAUUCUACUUUUCAAUCAAAAUCAACUCUUCAUUUACGAACAUGAAAGUUCAUCUGUGUUGGUUACAAUAAGAACAAGUUAAAAAUUUGAUCUCCACACAAAGAAAAAAUCUGAAGAAUUACCUCGAAAUUUUCGGCUGUUGACUGCAACCUUCCUCAGCGAUGACCAAAGUGACCCGAUUUUACCUGGUGAUGUGGUGAUUGAUAAUCAGCUCAUAGACACUCGGAAGCUUGUAUUGCCCUCCAUCCAAGUGCUGGACAGGGAGCCACGGUACUUUGAGAGAGAUGUGAAAGAAGCGAUUUACAUCUGGGCAUUCAAACUUCUCAAUAAGGACGAAGGGCGAUACAAGCUUCUGAGUGUCUACGGCCUCAUUAUCGAUCGCUACGUCAUCAGGACAAAUCGGGUCACUUCACUCAUUUCUGAGGAGGGUUGGAGUUAGCAGCUGAAAAGUUUGAGGUAAUUCUUCAGAUUUUUUCUUUGUGUGGAGAUCAAAACUUGUUCUCAACUCUUCAUUUAUCAUGUUUAUUUGCAAAUAGCAUGUUUCACAUGCAAAUGAAAGAGUUGCAUAAGAUUGUGUAAAUCUUCAUAGAUUUUGACUACCUAAGCUAUGUUAAGGACUCUUGUAGAUCACAUCUUUUGUUUCAUGGGACCUCAUCUCUAUUUUGAGUGAAUGAUUACUUGUUAAGGGGGGGGGGGGUGUUAUUUCAAUACUUCAUUAAACCCUUGCAUAAUUUCCUUUAUUUUUCUAUAGCUAUAGCUAGCGUAAAACAAAGAAUAAUUCAGAAUAAAUAACUUUACCAUCGCCUUGCCACUUUCAAAGGCUGACCAGUCUGUAUUAUUAUGUAAUUACUCUUGUAACAAUUCAAGUUACAGGGUCCUCGAUCCACUCCAUCCCUUUGCACCACCUAGGCAGCAGCAUUUCAAAUAUUCACUACUCAUGAAUGUUCUCUUUGGGCAUUUCUAAUGCAAUACAAUCAAAUAGACUGGAUUCCUUACAUUGGACCUUUGUCAAGCACUUUCAGAUUCAAAGUCUAUAAUACAGCAUCAAGAAACCUUUAUUUAGACAAACAUAAAACGAUUUUUGUCCAAAUUGUGUGUUAGUUGUACAUCUGCUUCUACAAUAGUGAAUUCAUAUUUCCUUAACAGUGAACUGAGCAUGCUGUAUAUUGCUUCCUACCUUCCAAAGUGAAAGCAGAGUGAAAGUAGUGUUGCUGCCCUCUAUUGAUGAAUUUUGUAGACUGUACUGACUGAAAUAUUGGUGAACCGAUCUUCUUCAUUUAUGUAACAUCUGAAGGUUUCCAUGGCGAAGAAGAAUAGUGUAGGUUUCACUGUACAGCAUGUAUCUUUCUUGGGCAAGUGUUGGUCCUGAAAAGGACAACCCAAACUCAACGUUUUAGCAAGUGUUUGAGUUUGGGUGGUCCUUUUCAGGACCAACACUUGCCCAAGAAAUAUACAUGCUGUACCGUGAAACACUCUUCUUCAUUUAGCUAGAUAGAACUUAAAUGUGAAAAGUACAAGUAACAUUGGUGUUCUGUGUGGUCAUUAUAUGCCAUCUACACCCACCUAGAUAUUUUUAUUUUUCUUUCUCAUUUGAUUUACAUUUACCCUUAAUUACGAGCUUAUAUAAUUUAUUUGAUUUUUUUUGUAGAAUCUUUUGUAGAUGCAACAUAUUCAUACAUGACAGUAAUAAUUAAAAGGGAAAGUGGCUAUAAAUACACCUUAUAUUUCAAUGUCAAACAUAUUAUUUAAAAAUGCAUUAUUGGAGAAUAGAGAGUUCUGAAAAUCUCUUAAUGGUUAUCUAUUUGUCCAUCAACUUUUGGCCUAAUAGGUGGUAUAUGACAUUAGUUGGGUUUAAUACUUUUACUGUGCUUUGAAUAGUUUCCAUGUGAAUUUUACCAUUCAAGAAUUCUCCAGUCAUUAAAAAUUUCUCUUUCUGUUUGUGUAUUAUAAACAUUUCCUGAGUUACGGUUUCAUUUUUAUGUUUACUCUAUAAGUUCCUUUCUCCAUAUAUUCAAUUAUUAAGGAUAUAAACAAACUGGGUAAAGCAUUAUAAUCGUAAACCUCCAGUGAGAAUUGUAGUGUAAUUUAGAAGGUACUGGGCUUUUUUUCUUGCUUAUUUUUUUCCCACAUAAUUUUUUUAAAUGGAAAUACUACUCUGAUGAACUUUCAUUUUUAAAAGCAAUUAAAAUGCAACAGUUCUCAUGAUCUGGUUAUUUUUCAGACCAUAUCAGUAUAAAAAUUAUGUCAAGUUUCUUACAUUCUCGAUAUUUUCUACUAGGAUUUUAGCCCAAAAUAUGUCAUUUGAAUAGGAUGAUUCUAGAAUUAAAAAAACAAAAAAAAAUCUUUUUCUCAAAUUAUUGAAAUUGACUUUUGAUUCCCUCUUGGUGCACUAGUGCCCUUUGGUAAGGUAUUAAUCCUUAUCACCAGGUCCCUCGGAGAGGACCUGAAGCUGUUGGUCCUCUGGUUGCUUGCUUACAUGCUUUCUUAGCAAUCAGGUAAAAAAUCACCAUCAUUUACCACUUACCAUUAAAAAAAUAUGAAUUUAAUUUUCUUUUUUUACUGUAAUGUGAAUCAAAAGCAUAGUACUAUAUGCAAUAGAGAAGAAUAAGAAACAAGGAAAAUGAUAGUUCUAAGCUUUUUAACUGAAUGGGCUAGGUGCAGAUAGGAGAACAGAAAAUUCAAAUUCACAGAAAUAAACCAUGAUAUUCAUUACAAAAACUCAUUAAAAUUCUUCCCAAACUUCAGAGCUCCAGUAUGUCAAGGUUAGCCAAAGGUUGGUUAAGAAGCCAUAUUCUGAAAGACUUAUUGUUUUUAAUAGCGGUUAUCCUAAGUGCCCUUUUUUUGGAUUCCCCUAAACUUAAUAGACCCUAACCUUGAACUUAGGAUUAAAAGAAAACCAGAGGUAUUUUAGAGUUGGUCUGUGAAUCUUAAGGAUGUGAUGUGAAUUAGCCUUCAGGAAAUGCUAGCACGUUUUAUCAAACUUUUCAGGAAGUGCUUCCUGAAUGUUGUUUUUUAGGAAGGGAAACUUUAACACACUCCUCCUUUCAUGUUCUGAAUAUUCUUUGAUGGGGGAAUCUUUUUACCUCAGUGACACAAAGACUCCUUCCAUAUCUUUGCUUGAUGAUAUUCAUUGAUGUUAAUUUUGCUGCAUUUCUGUCAUACCUGUAUCAUACUAAUUCAUAUGUACAUUCUAUUCAAAUUUGUUUAUUUUCCUUUCUAUUAUUAUUGGGAAAAACAGUGAAAAAGAAUAGAGGGGCCAUCAAUCAACUUGUACACCCAAUGUCCAGAACUGUCCUUUUCAAAGUAAUAAUUUGUAGGAGGAGGAGGGUAAGGGGUUAAUUAUACUUGGGAGGCGGAAGUGUCCCUUGAGUCAGUCUAAUUACCUUGUAAUCCCCUCACAAAUGUCUUUCAAAUCCAUCCAAUGUAUGAAACCAUGUAUCUACUGGAAUACCAUACAUAGGACAUGACACUACUACCCGCAGGGUAUUAUUACCCUAAUGCUUCUUUUCCUUUUUUAACUAAUUACAGUAGCACCCAUCACUUAAGCCCAUGGACCCUAUUUGAUAGCUCCUAGGUAGGGAUAAUGAAUAGAUGCAUCUUCCUUUGGGUUUUAUCUGUUAAACUGUUGUAUACUGUUGGGACAGAAUUGAAUUCAUUAGGGUAACAACUGUCAUCAAGUAUGUUGUGGUGUAAGGUCAUGGUUGUUCAUGUUGUUUUAUGAUGUGCUAUCUCUUUAAGAAGAUGAUAAGUGUUUUAGUUGACCUUCAAUGUGACCUAGAGAUAAAAGAAACCAGGAUGAAUGGCUCACCAUGUCUUGAGGGUCAUAUGAAGGUCAAACAUAUGCAAACAAAUCUUCACAGUUGGAUAACAGAGUCAUUAGUGACAACUCUCAGGGUCAUCAGAAAGAAUUGAUUGCAGUUCAACUUUAAUGUGAGAUAUGUGUAGGGCCACUGUAAGUAAAGACCAUAUGCUUUCUUUUUAAUUUUUAAACAUGAAUUAAAGGAAAUAAACUGCAGGAUGCUCUUUUUAAGGUUCACCAAGCUGUCUUUUUUAAUAGCCAAUUGAGAUCAGAAUGCACUUUUGGUUAUAAAAAAAAAUCUGACCACUCUGGAAUUAGACAUAAAGGUAUUUCAGUUUUCUUGUUAGAGCUCCUUUUAAGAAAUAGCUGUAAUAUUAAUACUACCUGUAUUGCUAUGUCUAGUAUUGACUGUGUUGCAUCAGUGGCUAUUUGCUGAUGAUGUAAUGGCUUGAAAUAAAUAAUGAAUAUCGUAGAUGACAGCACCAAAAUGAGCCAAGAUAUAUUGUCACCAAUUUACUAUGAAAGAAUGAUUCAAUGAGACGGUGAUAACCCUCGUUAAUACUAAUAAGAAGGCUGGGCGGUGGGCAGUUACCCACCUACGUCAUAAUAGUUAAUAACCACAGCAACGAUAAACAAAUAAGAACUAAACACACCUUCAUAUUGGUCUGAGAUGUGCUCUCUUUCUCUCUGACGUGCACUCUACGUGUGACGUCACCUCGAAAUCCAUUUAGGCUGUCACUUCUACUCUGCCAUUCCUGUUGCAGGAGGUCAGAAAGGUCAUUCGACCGAUCUGAAUCAGCACUCUCAUAAAAACAGGAUAUAUCAAUAAUCUUUUAUGCUAUGGAGAGGAAAGCAUGUUUACGAAGGAGUCGAGGAUAAGAAUUAAUGUGAUAGAAGACAAGGGGGAGGGGAGAGGUUGGAGGUAUGCCCUUUUCCUGUCAAAAAACUUGAAUAUGGGGAGGGGGUUGAGGAUGAGAGGGAGGAGGAAGGAGAUACAAUGAAUCAAUUCUUGAGAGAUGCGCUGACAUAACUGUGGGACAUGAACUUCUCACCUUGCCCAAUACAACAAGACAUAUUGGACAAGAACAAAAAUGUUUACUGGUUUGUGAAGAUUGUAAGUUGACUUGAACUACGUAACUUGCUUUGAUGAAGUUAUAAUGCUCUAGCGGCAUUGGUGGCUUUUAAAUGAGACAUUAUAUUUGAAUAUUUGGUCUCUAAGCACUCCUUGAAAACCACAACCAAAUUACCAGUUUGAUUGAUUUUUUUAUCUAACAGAGAAACUUCUACAUCAUUAGGAGCUAAAGAAUAUUGCUGUCUUCCUUAAAUAACUCUGAAGACAAAGUGAGAGAAGUUAGAUUGUAUAGUGCCUGCUCAUCAUUCAUACCAAACUAGAUCAAUAGUCCCAUUAUAAGAAUAAAUAAUCCAAAAUUCUCAUUAAGACUCUGACCACCUGUUCGUUUUCAAUAUCCAUACAUUUUAGAAACUUGUAAUCAGAAGGGUGAAACCUUCAUUUAAUACCCACUUCGAUCUUGGAUGAAAUAUAUAAAGCUAGUUAUUUUGUUCAUCCAAAUAAAAAAAAAUAAAAAAUUUUACUAAUAGAUAUCUGUAAAGAAAAUAAAAUGAUAUCUGUAAUGCUACUUUCUGUCAUGUUUGCUUUCCAAAAAUUGUGGUUAUUAUAUAUAACUGCAGAUAAAAACUUAGUGAUUUUCUGGUGAUGUUUGUAAAAUCGUUCGGAUUAUAAAAUAUGCCUAAAAAAUAUAGUGUAAGGCCUGUAUGAGGAACAAAAUAAAUAACUUGUUACAUUUUGUGUGGUCUUUGUGGAACCUAUCCUGCCUCUAGUACAUUGAGUCUAACCAGGUGUGUAUGAUUACAGUGACGGACAUACUACUUUCCUCAUGUCAACGUGUUUGUUGUAUUAUUCACCAAGGAGGAGGUUGGGCCAUAAACCCCUCACUGAAUUUCCGCCGCUAUAUCAGGACUCAGAUACCUUCAUCGUACCGAAUUUAUAUCUUAUGGAGCAAAAUCUGAGUAAAGUGACAUGACGAAAAUCUGCAGGACCAUCUAUGGCUUAACUUAGUGGUACUUAUAAUGGAACAGGUCUCAAACUUUUGAGAGCUAUAGAGGCAUUAUAUAGGCUAUCAUUAUAUAUCAUUGUAUCAUUAUAUAGGCUAAAACCCUAUGCUUGCAAUAAAAAAAAAAGGCAUAAAAGAAUAUCUAGCUCCUGGGCAAUGAUAGAAGCUGUAAGAAAGGAUGAUAAGACCAUUUAGCUCAGGUACAUGUAUACCUAUUUUUGUUUUGUCAUAAAAAGAGGAAGAUUCAUAUUGGUACAAAAUUAUCAUUUGAAUAGUUUUGAAAUGAAAUUGUUAGAAUUGAAAAAACCCAUCAAGCAUGACCUAAUUCAUCUGGGAGAAAGUGCCUGGUAAUUGAAGUGUGAUGUCAGUUUUACCAAAGGAAUCAUGGUGAUUAGUUGGAACAGGAACAAAAGUAGGACAAGGACAAAAUUUAGGAAAAUUAACAGUUCUUCCAAAAGAGAAGCCAAUUGCAGCAAAAAUUGCUGAGGGUAAUUAGAAACAAACAUGAAAGCAUUGUUCAGAAAGCAGUUGAGAGCAAGAACUACUCUCAUUCUAGCUCAGUAAUAAUGUUUUUUUACAAAAAGUUGUAAAUGCCCUUCAUAGUUCCUAUGAAAUUGAUGAUAAUCGGUAUCAAAAUAGAAACCCAGGGUAUAUUAUUAGGUUUGGAAUAAGUGUUUUUAGGUUUAAUACACCUCCAGAUAGAAAGUUCUUUAGCCUCUUGAGAGGAUGUACAACUUACUUCACCCACUGCAUCUAGUGUCUCCUCCCACAAAACUCUGCACGAUAUAUUUGCGUCAAGUAUCUCAACUUAAUCCAUAUCUCUCUCGGCUGCGAUCGUUUAAUCUCAUAUUCCAAUUACACUUUUUCUAAGAAUAUUGAUUGCUGCUUCUUAAAAUAGAUGCCUUCCAAUGCUUGUUGUAAUUUGAUCUCAACUUCUGUAUGUAUUUAGGAAAGUUAUUUAUGUGGGUAGUUGUAAUCCUAAAUACAAGUUUCUUUCUGAAUCACAUGGUCUUCUUGAGAUGUUCAAAUAAGUGUAAAUGGAGUUUUUAAAAAAGGAGAAUAAAUAACAAAGAAUCACAGAUUUUUCUAGCUAUAAUUUUUCAAAAGGAAAAUUAUUUUGGUCAUUUUAUUCCUCAAUAUGUUGAUGUUGGUUGUCAAAUUGGAAAAGUUAAUGACUUUUCUGGGAAAAAUAUGUUUAUAGAUGUUCGGUGUAUGGAAACUGCUAUAUAUCAAUAUUGCAGUUAAUUAUACAUGUUUGCUCUUUUUAUUUUUAUAUUUUACUUUGUUUAAAUGAUCUUUCUUAAUUUUUAUAACAAAUAUAAAGAAAUUGAGACAUUGAAUACAUUUUUGCAGCAGUGGUAAAUGAAUACAAAGAUAGCUUGAAUGGUAGUAUGCAAUAUUUUGUUUGUUUCAAAGUUGGCAGGAGUAGCAAAUGAUUCCACACACAUCAUCUCAAAACAUUGUUUGAUAGAUAGGGAAAUAAAGAUUGCUUUCUUGUGCUAGACAGAUGCCUUGCUGGGAGACUAAUCAAUUGCAUCCAUGCACUCUGCAUGCCUCCCUUGAAAGAAGAAAAAAAUGUAUUCAAAGUUUUUUUAUUCUCUUUAAACAGUGAUAAAAACAAACACAUUGAUAAAUAUAUAAUUACCUUGCAUGUAUAUAUGUAUCCUCAGCCAACAUGAAUUUGAUUAUAAAAGGAUCAACUUGAUUAUUUGCCAAAUGACACUAUGGAGCUUAUUUUCAUUAAUUAUGGGUUUAGUGUUGAUAUUAGAUUAAAGAGCCAGACCUGUUAUGGUAGGAUCUAAAGAAUGAUUUGUUAUAAAUUCUUAUAUCCAAUAGGGCUUAUAAGCAGCAAGACAAAGGCAAAAUAAGAUGUUACGAUAUUGUUUGGUUGGGAGGCAUAAUAAAUCAAUAAUAAACUUGUCCAUGGCCAUUAUGCGUCUAGGGGUUGUUUCACAAAUGAUCCUUAAACUGAUCAAGAUCAGAGAUUUCUUUCCUUUUUAAUUAUUGCAGUCUUUAUACUCCCCCCCCAAAAAAAAAAAAUCAAAGGCAUUCUGUUGUAGCAGUAGUGCAUGCAUGAAGUUAUUGUUUUUACAAUGAAACAAUAUCAAAUUUGUAUUUUGAUAUAUAAAUUGGUAAGAAAGCUAGGCUGAAACUAUUGAUUUUUUCUAAUUGUAUUGUGUUCAUUUUCCCCAACAAGAUUAUCUCACAGACUCCUCAAGAGCUGUAGAUGAAGGAUUAGGAAGCCAAUUAUUGUGGAAGACAAUCUUAAUGUUCAGGAAAACAUGUUGGUCUGAAACACAUUAAUGUAGGGAAGAUUUGCAAGCCCCAGGCAUGUAUUUUAACAGGAAAAUUGUUAAUUAGACAAAAACAUGUUUAUCUAUAUAUGGGUCUGAAGCUAAUAUAGGGACAGGUUUGAGUAUGUGUUAGAUAAGUCAGGAUCUAUUGCUGCAGUCUGUGGUAUGUAUGCUAAAGGAAAUCAAUUAGUAUUGGAUCAAUUCAAUUAUUUGUUUCCUGUUAAUUGCCAGCUUAAUUAUUAUCAUACACUUUAAAACAUAAAAUUUCUUAGGGAGUAAAGGGUAAUUUUGUUUGUUAAUUUAUGAUAUUCUUUUUUUUUAAUUUAAUCUGAAAUAAAUUUAAUUCUGCUUUAAUUGAAUGGCUUAGAAAAUGGUUGUGGUUUACCCAUCACAUCCCCUUUGGUCAACACAAAAUGCAAUUGACAUUUAGAACAAAAAUCAAGAAACAUAUAGAAUACACUUCAAAUAGAUAGAUAGAUAGAUAGAGAUUGGUGGCUGGAUAAAUAUAUCAACAUCAGCUUAUUAUACUUUCAAUAUCUUAUUCAAUUUUAUGUCUUAGAUUUAGAAAAAUAAACUAAGUGAAAGUUGACAGGUUUCAGUCACUUAAAUGUUUACAUUGCCCCCCCCCCCUUUGUUUCAGGCUAUAAACCUGAAUUGGAAAUAGUAAAAACUAUUAAUGACACGUGAAAUAUGCUAAUUCAUUGAGUUGCCAAGGUUGAUAAAUGUAGAAUAUAAUGAGUGUAUUCUCAUUGCUCUUUCGGCACAUAGUUAUGCCGUUAAGAAAUCUGACAAAUGUUUAUAGGAUGUGUAGUGGGUCUGUGAUAUACGAUAGUGCAUUAAUUAGGUGGUGAAGAGUUGUUCGGUAUAAAUUGUAAAUGAAAUGAGUCACACAUAACCUUCUCAAACUAGUCCCUUUUCUCCACAAUUUGUCAAUCCAUUCUUGGGCUCAAAUUUCAGUGGGAUAUGGAGGCUGGUUUUAGGUAGAGAUUAGCGUUACAUUUCAUGAUCUGUAAUUGAAUACUUAUGGUGGCUUUGAUGUUGUAUUUAAAGAUUUUAUAACACGUAAAUUCUGAAUUAGCUGGGAAAGGUGGCAAAUUUAAGCUUCCUGAUGAAUAUGUAUCACUAGAAGGAUUGAUCUUGAGAAGUGGGUGAAUAAGAAUAAAAAAUGUUAAAUUUUACAUCAUAUUUUAUUCCAGGUAGAGGUUAUUUUUAUCCUUGUUUUGUCAAAGUUUUAAUGUGCUGAUUACGAUAAAAAUGUUGUUUCGAUUUAGAUAUAAGGUGGGUGCUGCACUUUGACCAAACUGAUGAAUUUGGGUACAGGCUAACUUGCUUUGAACAUUGAUAUUAAUGAAGAAUCACAUGAUUAUCUGCCAUAAAACAGAGUUUUGAGAAAUUUAAAAAAGAUUUUGAAGGUUUUGUGAAUAUGAAUUCAAUCCAAGCACUAUGUAUGGCAUCUAAAAUAUCUUAAGUGUAAAAGGUGUUUUUAUGUUACGUUACAAAUAUAAUAAGGACUUAAUGAA